AUUUUUAAACAGAAAAUGAUAAAGAAACUGAUUUCACCAACGGACUUGAAUUCCUUCUCGGUUUGUAAUUUUGGUGUAAAGAGGCAAAAAGUAAUUCCGAUCUUUUUCAAACAGAUUUCAAGAACGGUUUGUCAAACAAAAGUGUCGAGUCAAAUGGACAGUUUAAAUAUCAUUAGAGAGGAUGAUUUUCACGGUUACUCAGAUCUCUGUCUAACUCUGAUAGAUAUGUGUCAUCCAGCAGAGACACCUGUAUGGGAAUCGAUCAUUACAUCCAUCAAGAAUUUCCCAAAACCAUUGCAGAAACGUUUGUUUGAAAGAAUAUUUGAAAAACUUGGCAAAUUUUCUGAAGGGAAAGACCUGGACUCUAUCGGUUUUAUAACAGAGUUGAUUUAUUUGGAGAGAAGAGAGUUCCUAGAAAGAGAUUUAUUACAGUUAGUUAGUGACUGCAGUCAAAUGGUUCUACCUUCAUCUUUCAAACAUAAAAUACGGAACGUCCCUUUGAUCAAAAUUUGUGCAAGAAACAUCUCGGUUGCAUACGUGGUUAUGGAAAUCUUGAACUGCCUAAUAUUUAGGGCUUAUGAAAGCGACACUAUUAGAAAGUUCGUCAAUAUUUUCUGUAUAUGUUCUCAAAGUAACUGUGUAUCUGAGGAGAUAUGGAAACGUUCAAGGUCAUAUGAGUUAUAUGAUGAAUGUGUUCACGCACUUGUUAAGAAACUGGAAGAGUUCUCAGGAGAAUUGGACGACAAAAGAAAAGGAGCUUGUGUCAAAGCCAUUGCACUGGAGUGCCAGAAACUUGUGAAACGUGGGACUACACAUCAGAAACAGAGGAUGUUACUUGCGUUGAUUCACCAUCUAGACGUCUACUAUAAAGUCAUUGAGUUUAGUUUCAUGUGUGACAAAACGAUCGUUUUAGACUGUUUAGAUGUUUUGACAAUCUACAAGGUUCAGAAUCUAGAAGACGCAAAGCGUUUAAAGGAAGCGGUUUUACCUGUUAUCACCUGUCUACGAGCUCUAUUGCAGAAAAUAUCUCUAGGGAUAAGAGAUAUAAAAUGUGCAGUUAUGGAUGUGUCUGACAUUUCCACGAAAACUCUACUCGGACAAUUUCUGAUUACGUUUAUGUUGAAGUCAGAAGGUGGUUUAAAACUCGCUCCAGAAAUACUUCAAAUGGCAACUGGAAGUGAACUUCCUCUACACUACCUAGAAGCUACAUUAGAAGCUCAUGAUAAUUUGAACAUAAGAUUAAACCAAUGGCCAGUUUUCAAGCAGAACCAAUACAAGGCGCUCAUUAGAGGCCUCGUUGAUGGCUGUACAGCAACAGAAGAGCCAAAGCAUUCUGAACUCUUAUCUGCUGCAGCAUACAUUGUUCAGAAAUCAUAGCAAAGAAACAAUUGCAUUUCAUGUAAAGUUAUGAUGAAUGUUAAAAAAAUA